AUGAGCCGGAAGCUCGCCCCCGAAGCCAAUCGGAUUCUCUUCGUCAAGAACCUCAACUACAACGUGACUGCUGAGCAGCUAUUUGACCUCUUCGGCAAAUUUGGACCCAUCCGGGUACCGCUUUUGUCGUAUACGAAGACGUUCACGACGCCAAACAGGCAUGCGAUAAGCUCAAUGGAUUCAAUUUUCAGAACAGAUACCUCGUCGUGUUAUACCACCAGCCGGAGAAAAUGCUUAGGUCGAAAGAGGACCUGGCGGAAAGGCAAGAGAAUUUGGAGCGCCUCAAACAGCAGCAUGGGAUAG